GUUGGAGACGAGAGAGAGAAAAGAGAGAUGAUCAAGAUGAAGUGUCCAGUGUGAGAAGUGAAGGUGGUAAUAUCCGAGGCUCCUUUAGAGGCCGAGGAAGAGGCCGAGGACGGGGACGAGGACGAGGCAGGGGAAAUCCUCGGUUGAACUUUGAUUAUUCAUAUGGUUAUCAAGAACAUGGUGAAAGGACUGACCAACCAUUUCAGACAGAACUUAAUACCAGUAUGAUGUAUUACUAUGAUGAUGGCACAGGCGUGCAGGUGUACCCUGUGGAAGAAGCACUGCUUAAAGAGUAUAUUAAGCGUCAAAUUGAGUAUUAUUUCAGCAUUGAAAACCUGGAACGAGACUUCUUUCUUCGGAGAAAGAUGGAUGCACAAGGCUUCUUGCCUAUUUCCCUCAUUGCUGGCUUUCACCGUGUUCAGGCUCUCACCACAAACCUGAAUCUCAUCUUAGAGGCACUGAAGGAUAGCACAGAAGUAGAAAUUGUGGAUGAGAAAAUGAGAAAAAAGAUAGAACCAGAAAAAUGGCCAAUCCCAGGCCCUCCUCCAUGGAAUGUGCCACAAACAGACUUCUCUCAACUGAUUGAUUGUCCAGAGUUUGUACCAGGCCAAACAUUUUGCUCCCAUACAGAGUCUGCCCCAAAUUCUCCAAGAAUUGGAAGUCCAUUGAGCCCAAAGAAAAAUUCUGAAACAAGUAAUCUUCAAGCAAUGUCUAGAGGUUUAUCUACAAGUUUACCUGACUUGGACUCAGAACCUUGGAUAGAAGUAAGAAAGAGACAUCAUACAUCUCUGGUGAGAUUAAAGGGGUCAAUAUCUGUACCUGAAGAAGCAUCAAACCAACUGUAUCUUCCAGAAGAGCGAGAACAAGAAGAACUUGAUUUUUUAUUUGAUGAAGAAAUGGAACAGAUAGGACAAAAAAACACAUUUAUUGAUUGGUCUGAUAAUGAUUCAGACUAUGAAAUUGAUGAUCAGGAUUUAAACAAGAUUUUGAUUAUAACUCAGAUACCACCUUAUGUGAGAAAACAUCCUGGAGAAGAUCAAACAGAGAACCACACAUCUCAGGCAGAAAUUACAUGGGAACUUGCUAAAGUUAUCAACGAUGGUUUAUGUUACUAUGAACAGGAUUUAUGGAUGGAAGAUGAAGACACAUUCACAGCCAUAAAGGUAAUAGUUUCUGGCUGACAUCUUUCUGCUGAUAGUUUGUUUUAGUUAUAUGUUACUGGUUAUGUUUUCUUAAACCUGAGGCUUUAUUAUAAUAUAAAUGAAUGAUGUAUAAUUUGAAAAAUCACUGGAAAUAUAUUUGAUAGUUACAGUCUGAGAAAUAAUUUUAAAUGGCAGUAUAAUGAAUACUGUAAUUACCAAAAAGGUAGCAUUCACUGACUAAAACCCUUGCUUUUUUCAGGUACAAAUAAUAAGAAGGCCUUUUCUCAUACGAAGGAAUUAAGAAGUGAAGUUAUCAUGGAUAGGCUUAAUUUAUAAUACUUUCCUUACCUGGCUGUCACACCAGCUGUAUGAGCUAGUGAAUUUGGAGAGUUCCCUUCUGUCUUUCUCAUCUUAAUCUAUGGUAUAUGCUGUAGGGUAGUGGAAAUGGUUAUGGGAAAAGUUGCUCCUUGUCCAUUCAUUACUAUGGUGCUGUAGAUGCUACUUGAAACCUUAUCUCAAGUUUCUACCCUGCAUUUCACCCUAGAUCUGGCCUCCAUCCUAGUUAUUAAGGUAAAAUACAAGAGAGAGCCACAGUACUUUCCUGGGCAUCUUACAUUUCUUUUAUGCAAAUUUUAAUGAUAUGCGUAUGGUUAAAAGGGAUCUUUUUCUGCCAUUAAAGUUUUCAGAAAAGCCCUCAAGGUUAAAUAUUUGCUUUAAGGAUAGACUAAUCACUUUCCUAUGCCAAAAUAGGAAAGUGAUCUUGAUCAGAAAAAGUUACAGUUGUAGAAAGAAAAGCUGGCCAGCAAGUGGCUAACCACCUGUCUACGGGCUUCCUAUCAUCAAUAAGAAGUACAGUUUCCUUUUUGGCUCCUCAUUUCUUUCUUCCUAGAAUUUCCGUUACUGCUUUUAGCCUCUUUAGCCUCCUUUUUUAGUCACUGGCUUUUUGGAGAACCUGCCGUGGGCAGUAUACAUAUUUAUUGACAGGAAAUAAUCCUGGCUAUCUAACUUUAAACAUUAUAGCUGUAUUUGUACAUAUGUCUUAUUUUGACCUGAUUCAUUAUCUAUAGCCUCACUGUUUAAUAAUUCACUUUCCUUGGUUGUAACUCUGUGCCAAACAUGUAAUUGCUGAUUAGACUUGUACUUUUCCUAUGGGUCUACUUAAAGAGAAAUCAACCACUUAACAUACGUACAUUGAGUGUUCACUGUGUUCGGUACCUGGUACUAGUUCUUGGAUAUAGAGUGAAAAGAUAACGAAUAGAGGUCUUUCACUUGCAGACAAUUUAGAACAGUCACUUAGAUAAACCCACAAUAAGUACUCAAUCACAAAUUAUAAUAAAUGGUAUAAAAGAAAAAACAGACUGGUGUUGGAUUAGGUAGUAAGGGAAGGCCUAUAAGAGUUAAGUUACAGUAAAAUCUGAAGUGUAAGAAUUAACCAUGCAGAGUAGGUAAGUCAGAUAAUUCUAGAAUUUUUGGGCUGUGUUAAACAGUGUAGAAUUUAUCUAAAGUUCAGAUACAGGGUUUUACACGGGCACUGUGACAUGAUCAAAACUUUUUAACAAUAUCACUCUGGUUGUCAUUGGCAGAUAAUGGGUUGUAUGGAGACAACAGUGGCCAGAAGAAAUUCUAUGCUAUUAAGAGGAUAUCCAUCUGGGAGAUGGAUGUUGGUAAUUUAUGGUAAACAGGAAAUGUAGAAUUG